AUGUCCCAGCUUUGGGGUUGCGAUGUCGUUUCCGCGGCUUGUGCGGUACGCAUUGGAUCACGCAAGACGGACGGUAUCGCAGCGGAGCACGACACCCGGCCAUUCCUUGAGCCUCGAUCAAUGAUGCAGCUGGGCACGCACUCCCGCCGGAAAGAGGGUAGUCGAAGCUACGGGAAGAGAUCUGUGCCCCUCAGUGGUAUCCAAUCGCAGCCAGCGCUCUCCGUCCGCCUUCCUGCGUGUUUGAUGCCUUUGCGUGCGAGAAUGCUCGUUGCUUUGCCUGCGCAGGUCGAUCGGAAGGGUGGUCGCUCCGCCAUCGCUGCGAACUUGUUGAGGGCCGCACGUUGCCCUCGUGCGCUCACUUGCGAUCCGUCACAAGCAUCGGAGGAUGCUGAGUUGAGAGAUUGCGGCUGCUCAUUGGAAACCCUUGCUGUGCAGCGCUACCGGGAUCUCAUGCACGUAGAAAAUUGCCUUGCAGCAACGACGCGCACCAUGCACUUGGUGAAAGAGUCCGAGCGUAGGGCGCACGGCUCGCAGCUUCCUCAUGCAGGCGCGCAUGCCACGCCUCAUCCGCCGCAGCUUGCUAGCGUCUUCAAGGUGCUGGAUCCGCCAUGCUGGCCGCUGCAGCAGAAGCAUGCCAGGGAGGCCAACAACGAGAGCGAGAGCACAGCCAGUCUGAGUCGAGACAUGGAUGGCUGA